AGGCGGCGCUGUGAUAAAACGAGAGGAGCUAGUUUCGGCGUUCAGAAGGAGAACUACUCCUGUUUGAUUGGGGGAAGUAACACAUCAACAAAGAAAGAUGGCGGAGGUUGUAGAACUGCAAAAAUUGAAGCUUGCUGAAUUGAGGCAGGAGUGUGAAGCCCGAGGUCUAGAAACUAAGGGAAACAAAGGAGAGCUCAUCGCCCGACUCCAAGCCUACCUGGACGAGCAUGAGGAAGAUGUGGACGUUGAUGAUGUGCUUGCAGAGGAUGCAGUGGUAGCACCUGCAGAGAAAAAGGUGGUGAAGAUAGCUCCUCCAUUGACAACUGGUGAAAGGCUACAGAAGAGAGCUGAACGUUUCAACGUGCCAGCAACAACUGAGAGCAAGAAGGCAAUACGGGCAGCAAGGUUUGGUUUACCUACUGAUGCUUCAAGUCCUUCUCCAGGUCUUGUUGCAAACAGUAAAGCUGCUGUGAAUGUUGACCAGUUGAAGAAGAGAGCUGAACGAUUUGGCAUGAAUGUUUCAUCCAUCUCGCAAAAGAUUGAAGAGGAUGAAAAGUUAAAAAAGAGGAAGGAGAGGUUUGGAAUCUUGACAAGUGCAACUUCAGCUGGUGCACCUGACGUUGAGGCAAAGAAAAUGAAGCGUGCUGAAAGAUUUGGAAAGGUAUAGGUGAUGUUUGAGGUUUUUUGUAGUGUUUAUAUGGCUGCACAACAGACGUUCCCAUGGAUUACAAUUGCUUCAAAUAUGAUUCUUGUUCAUCAAAAGUACCCUUGAAUACUUAUAUAAUUGUGAGUGUUUGAUAAAGUCUAUUGAGAAUAAUCUCAAGAACUAAUUGUGAGUCACUGAAUUAUUUGGACAAAAUUAUUAUCUACUAAGUAAAAAAAUAUGUUUUUCUGUGAUGUCCUUAAAUGAGUCAUUUUGUUCAAUUCUCUUUGUAGAAAUUUUAGGAACAGUAUUGGUCUCAAAAGAUUCAUUCCACGAUUCAAAAUCUCCUCCAAUGAAAACUACUGCUGUCCAUGAAGUCUAAGACAUUUACAUCCUGCUACUACUUGGCUUUUAAUGUCUUACUGCUGUCAAGGAAAAAAUUUCACCUAUCCUAUGAUUAUGUUUAAAGUAAAAGUAGUUGAAUAUAAAUAAACUUAAUAACUGACACAUUGUACAUUUAGGCCAGCAGGUGGCUUAAACAUGUAUUUCAGUCUAAAUGUGGAAUAAAUCAGUUACAAUUUUGGUUUACCAUUCAGAGUACAGUAAAAGAAUAAUAAAUUCAGUUAGACGAGACAUAAGAAUGUUGCUUUUUUGUGCAACAGGGAUCUGGAAGUCAUUUUAGUAACUGUGUAUUAUACUUGUUCAAAGAAAAAACUGUUCAAACACUUAAAACAAAAACAAAAAAUCACUUUCUGAAAUUCUAAGAUACAGAUUGCCUGACUUAUAAAGUGUGGGGCGAGAAACCAGUUCAUUAUUAAUUUUAGUGACUCAGCUCGCUCUUGUAUACACUAUUUAAUUGUACUUUUGACUUGUGAGACAGCCUCUUAAGUUCUUGUUUUCAUUUGGGGGAUUCCAUUGUUAUCGUGCUUUGGUUUUCUGUCCAUUUUAUAACAUUUUGAGAAUUAAUAAAUUGUUUUCAAUUUUGGAAA